AUGAACAGCCGCGCCGAAACAGCCGCGCCGAAACAGCCGCGCCGAAACAGCCGCGCCGAAACAGCCGCGCCGAAACAGCCGCGCCGAAACAGCUGCGCCGAAACAGCUGCGCCGAAACAGCUAGGCAGAAACAGCUGCGCCGAAACAGCUGCGCCGAAACAGCUGCGCCGAAACAGCUGCGCCGAAACAGCUGCGCCGAAACAGCUGCGCCGAAACAGCUGCGCCGAAACAGCUGCGCAGAAACAGCUAGGCAGAAACAGCUGCGCCGAAACAGCUGCGCCGAAACAGCUGCGCAGAAACAGUUGCCCCGAAACAGCUGCGCAGAAACAGCUAGGCAGAAACAGCUGCGCAGAAGCAGCUGCGCAGAAACAGCUGCGCAGAAGCAGCUGCGCAGAAGCAGCUGCGCAGAAGCAGCGGCGCAGAAGCGGCUGCGCAGAAGCGGCUGCGCAGAAGCGGCUGCGCAGAAACGGCUGCGCAGAAGCGGCUGCGCAGAAGCGGCUGCGCAGAAACGGCUGCGCAGAAGCGGCUGCGCAGAAGCGGCUGCGCAGAAGCGGCUGCGCAGAAGCGGCUGCGCAGAAGCGGCUGCGCAGAAGCGGCUGCGCAGAAGCGGCUGCGCAGAAGCGGCUGCGCAGUAGCGGCUGCGCAGAAGCGGCUGCGCAGAAGCGGCUGCGCAGAAGCGGCUGCGCAGAAGCGGCUGCGCAGAAGCGGCUGCGCAGAAGCGUCUGCGCAGAAGCGGCUGCGCAGAAGCGGCUGCGCAGAAGCGGCUGCGCCGAAGCGGCUGCGCAGAAACGGCUGCGCAGAAACGGCUGCGCAGAAACGGCUGCGCAGAAACGGCUGCGCAGAAACGGCUGCGCAGAAACGGCUGCGCAGAAGCGGCUGCGCAGAAACGGCUGCGCAGAAACGAAACGGCUGCGCAGAAACGGCUGCGCAGAAACGGCUGCGCAGAAACGGCUGCGCAGAAACGGCUGCGCAGGAACGGCUGCGCAGGAACGGCUGCGCAGGAACGGCUGCGCAGGAACGGCUGCGCAGGAACGGCUGCGCAGGAACGGCUGCGCAGGAACGGCUGCGCAGGAACGGCUGCGCAGGAACGGCUGCGCAGGAACGACUGCGCAGGAACGGCUGCGCAGGAACGGCUGCGCAGAAACGGCUGCGCCGAAACGGCUGCGCCGAAACGGCUGCGCCGAAACGGCUGCGCCGAAACGGCUGCGCCGAAACGGCUGCGCCGAAACGGCUGCGCAGAAACGGCUGCGCCGAAACUGCUGCGCCGAAACAGCUGCGCCGAAACAGCUGCGCCGAAACAGCUGCGCCGAAACAGCUGCGCCGAAACAGCUGCGCAGAAACAGCUGCGCAGAAACAGCUGCGCCGAAACAGCUGCGCCGAAACAGCUGCGCAGGAACAGCUGCGCAGAAACAGCUGCGCAGAAACAGCUGCGCAGAAACAGCUAGGCAGAAACAGCUGCGCAGGAACAGCUGCGCAGGAACAGCUGCGCAGAAACAGCUGCGCAGAAACAGCUGCGCAGAAGCAGCUGCGCAGAAACAGCUGCGCAGAAACAGCUGCGCAGAAGCAGCUGGUCAGAAGCAGCUGCGCAGAAACAGCUGCGCGGAAGCAGCUGCGCAGAAGCAGCUGCGCAGAAGCAGCUGCGCAGAAGCAGCUGCGCAGAAGCAGCUGCGCAGAAGCAGCUGCGCAGGAACAGCUGCGCAGGAACAGCUGCGCAGGAACAGCUGCGCAGAAGCAGCUGCGCAGGAGCGGCUGCGCAGGAGCGGCUGCGCAGAAGCGGCUGCGCAGAAGCGGCUGCGCAGAAGCGGCUGCGCAGAAGCGGCUGCGCAGAAGCGGCUGCGCAGAAGCGGCUGCGCAGAAGCGGCUGCGCAGAAGCGGCUGCGCAGAAGCGGCUGCGCAGAAGCGGCUGCGCAGAAACGGCUGCGCAGAAACGGCUGCGCAGAAACGGCUGCGCAGAAACGGCUGCGCAGAAACGGCUGCGCAGAAACGGCUGCGCAGAAACAGCGGCGCAGAAACAGCGGCGCAGAAACAGCCGCGCAGGAACAGCCGCGCAGGAACAGCCGCGCAUGA